GCUCGGGUCGGGUUCCCCUCUUCUCCACGUCGGUCGAGAAAUUAAGUGGCGUGGGCGGAGAUAAGCAGUGAGGCACAUGCUGACGGUGGUGGUCAGUGGCUAACGGCACCAGCGGCCAGGUGACUCGCCACGGCCUUCGUUCCCUGACGCCAUCUGUUGCUCCUGCCUUCUUCCCUGCGGCUUCCUCUGCUUCUUCCUCCUCCCUCCACGGACACGUAUAUAUAGGUGGCCGAACACCCGUUUCUUCUUCAGCUCCGCCACACCUCCGGUCGCCUACACCUCUCUCUCUCUCUCUCUCUCUCUCUCUCUCUCUCUCUCUCUCCAGCGCACCGCAGCACCGUCUCUCUUUCUCUCUCUAGCAGCGCGUGGUCGGCAAUGGCGGCCUGCGUCGACAAGUGGAACCCAGCAUACUCCUGCCACCGCAUCUCCCGAUCCAUCUACCGCUUCCUGCCGGACUGCACCGUCGCCGCACCGGCGGGCGCGCCCGUGAGCGGGAACGGCGGCUGCUGCAACGGCGGCGACGAGGUCUGGGAGGAGCUGUACGGCGAGGCGCAGGCCGACGCGCAGGACGAGCCGCUGCUGGGCAUGUUCUACUCCGAGCUCGUCCUCUCGCACCCGACGCUGGAGGCCGCCCUCGCCGCGCACCUGUCCGCCAAGCUCUGCAUCCCGGGCGCGCUGCCGCGGGACGCGCUCCGGGACAUCCUCGCGGGCGCGCUGGCCGCGCACCCGGAGGCGAGCCAGCACACGCGCGCCGACCUCCUCGCGGCGCGGGACCGCGACCCGGCCUGCGCCAAGAUGGUCCACUGCUUCCUCUACUACAAGGGCUUCCUCGCCCUGCAGGCCCACCGCGCCGCGCACGCGCUCUGGUCCGAGGGCCGCCGCCCGCCGGCGCUGCUCCUCCAGAGCCGCGCCUCCGAGGUGUUCGGCGUCGACAUCCACCCCGGGGCGCGCAUUGGCGGGGGCAUCCUGCUCGACCACGCCACGGGGGUCGUCAUCGGCGAGACGGCGGUCAUCGGCGACGACGUGUCUAUCCUGCACGGCGUGACGCUGGGCGGCACGGGGAAGGCUUGCGGCGACCGGCACCCCAAGGUCGGCGACGGGGUCCUCAUCGGCGCCGGGGCCAGCGUGCUGGGCAAUGUGCGCAUCGGCGCCGGAGCGAAGAUCGGGGCGGGCGCGGUCGUGCUUAGGGACGUGGCGUGUGGAACCACGGCCGUCGGAAACCCGGCGAAGCCGAUCGGGAAGAAGGCGGCGCCGUCGCUCCGGCCAGAGGAGCAACCAGGGGUGACCAUGGAGCAGAGGUGGUCGGACUACGUCAUAUGAAGUUCGUGUUACGUGUUUAGCGCAAGCAAGAGAUUUUCCCUCCAAAUGAUAAUGGAUCUGUGGAGUACUCUGUAUCUGUGGGUGGUUGACUACACAUAUCCCAGAGCUCAGUUAGACAUUGAGCAUGGAUCAGUCACAUACUGUCUUCUUUGUUUUUUAAAUGGAAUAAUGACAAUUCUAGUAGAUCAUCUAUUA